AUGCCAUUCUUUAGCGACAGAAAUUCUCAGUCCAGCAUCAAGCAUAAAUGGGUAGGCUCACUCCGUCUCGUGACUUGGAACGUAAAUGCGGAUGCACCGUUCCCAAAAUCUCGUAUAUCCGCACUGCUGGAGGUUAUCAAAACUACCGGAGCUACAAAUGUUAUUUUCCUUCAAGAAGUAUCAAAGGACGCGCUUGCAGCACUUCUUGGAGAACCCUGGAUACAGCAAAAAUGGUACAUAAGCGACAUCGAUGCUUCCGCGUUUGGAACCCAGAAGUUCAUCAGCGUCACCCUGGUGUCUAAAGUUUGGGUAGCCACAGAAGGUAUUCUGCUCGGCGCCAUCUGGAGAAUCCCCUUACCAAGUCGUUUUGGCAGAGACGCCUUAUGCUGCGAUAUGCUUCUCAACUCUUCAAGCGAACACAUCCCUGGUAAAAGUUCCGUUCGGAUUCGACUCAUCAACGUCCACUUGGAUUCCCUGUCAAUCAAUCCGUCGCUCAGACCCGUUCAGCUUUCCAUCUGCGCGUUGUACCUUCGCGCAGCGGGCCAUGGAAUCAUCGCUGGGGAUUUCAAUCCGGUUCUCCAGGAAGAUGACGACCUGGUGCGUGCAAAUGAUCUUACCGAUGCGUGGAUGCAACUUUGUCCGAAUGACCCGGGUCAUACUUGGGGUGUAUAUGGCGAACACACUUUUCCGCCAAACCGGUUGGAUAAAGUUGCGCUGUUUAAUCUUAAUCCUUUGACCAUGGGCGUCUUGGAAACGAGCGAAGUGGGAGCCUGUGACGAGAAGAUGUCGGCUGAUGGGAUGGAAUUGGUUGAAAAGGCGCAUUUUAGUGAUCAUUUUGGGGUUUGGUGCGAAAUCAGGUGGGAGGAAGAUCAACCACAGCCAGAAUGA